AGUCGCCAAGUCGCCGCGGAGAACGGGGCGGGCUGGUGGAAACAUGGCGGACCAGAUCCCUCUGUAUCCGGUGCGCAGCGCAGCGGCGGCCGGCCACAAGCGCGCGGCCUACUACAGCGCCGCGGGGCCCGGGCCGGGGGCCGACCGGCGCGGCAGGUACCAGCUGGAGGAUGAGUCUGCCCAUUUGGACGAGAUGCCACUAAUGAUGUCUGAAGAAGGCUUUGAGAAUGAUGAAAGUGAUUACCACACGCUGCCGCGAGCCAGGAUAGAGCGAAGGAAAAGUGGUCUGGAGUGGUUUGUCUGCGGUGGAUGGAAGUUCCUCUGUUCCAGUUGCUGUGAUUGGCUGAUAAAUAUUUGUCAUCGAAAGAAAGAACUAAAAGCUCGAACAGUAUGGCUUGGAUGUCCUGAGAAGAGUGAAGAAAAGCAUCCCAGGAAUUCAAUAAAAAAUCAAAAAUACAAUGUCUUUACCUUUAUACCUGGGGUUUUGUAUGAACAAUUCAAGUUUUUCUUGAAUCUCUAUUUUCUGGUAGUGUCCUGCUCACAGUUUGUACCAGCAUUGAAAAUAGGCUACCUCUACACCUACUGGGCUCCUCUGGGAUUUGUCUUGGCAGUUACUAUCGCACGGGAAGCAAUUGAUGAAUUUCGGCGUUUUCAGCGAGAUAAAGAAGUAAAUUCACAACUAUAUAGCAAGCUUACAGUAAGAGGUAAAGUGCAAGUUAAGAGUUCAGACAUACAAGUUGGAGACCUCAUCAUAGUGGAAAAGAAUCAAAGAAUUCCAUCAGACAUGGUAUUUCUUAGAACUUCAGAGAAAGCAGGUUCAUGUUUCAUUCGAACGGACCAGCUGGAUGGCGAGACAGACUGGAAGCUGAAGGUGGCUGUGAGCUGCACUCAAAGGCUGCCGGCCUUGGGGGACCUUUUUUCUAUCAGGGCUUAUGUUUAUGCUCAGAAGCCCCAACUGGAUAUUCAUAGUUUUGAAGGAACCUUUACCAGGGAAGACAGUGACCCUCCCAUUCAUGAAAGUCUCAGCAUAGAAAACACGUUGUGGGCAAGCACCAUUGUUGCCUCAGGUACUGUAAUAGGUGUUGUCAUUUAUACUGGAAAAGAGACUCGAAGUGUAAUGAACACAUCCAAUCCAAAAAAUAAGAUUGGUUUGCUGGACCUCGAGCUCAAUCAGCUGACGAAGGCGCUAUUUCUGGCUUUGGUUGUUCUUUCUGUUGUUAUGGUAACCUUACAGGGAUUUGCAGGCCCUUGGUACCGUAAUCUUUUCCGGUUUCUUCUUCUUUUUUCCUACAUCAUUCCCAUCAGUUUACGUGUGAACUUGGAUAUGGGCAAAGCAGCCUAUGGAUGGAUGAUCAUGAAAGAUGAGAAUAUCCCUGGUACAGUCGUUCGGACCAGCACUAUACCAGAGGAACUGGGGCGCCUCGUGUACUUAUUGACAGAUAAAACAGGUGGAGCACCUCUCCUCCCACGGUCAGCAUCAACACAGCGAGAAGAACAGCAUGCAGGAACUCUCACCCAGAAUGAGAUGACAUUCAGGCGGCUCCAUCUGGGCACUGUCUCCUAUGGAGCUGACACAAUGGAUGAGAUCCAGACCCACGUCCUGAGCUCCUACGCACAGGUUCAUCCUCAAACUGGUGGAAACAACCCCAGUUCAACCCCACCAAGAAGAGCCCAGUCUUCAACUCCCAAAGUCAGGAAGAGUGUCAGCAGUCGAGUCCACGAGGCAGUGAAAGCCAUCGCCCUAUGCCACAACGUGACCCCCGUGUAUGAGUCCCAGGCUGGUAUCACUGGGGAGACUGAGUCUGCCGAGGCAGACCAAGACUUCAGUGACGAGAACCGCACCUACCAGGCGUCCAGCCCGGACGAGGUCGCACUGGUGCGGUGGACAGAAAGUGUCGGGCUCACUCUGGUCAGCAGGGACCUCACCUCCAUGCAGCUGAAGACGCCUGGCGGCCAGGUCCUGACCUACUGCAUCCUGCAGGUGUUCCCCUUCACCUCGGAGAGCAAGCGGAUGGGCAUCAUCGUCAGGGAUGAGUCCACAGCAGAAAUCACAUUCUACAUGAAGGGUGCUGACGUUGCUAUGUCCUCCAUCGUCCAGUACAAUGACUGGCUGGAAGAGGAGUGUGGAAACAUGGCUCGGGAAGGGCUGCGAACACUUGUGGUGGCAAAGAAGGCAUUGACGGAAGAACAGUACCAGGACUUUGAGAGCCGAUACAGUCAAGCCAAGCUGAGCAUCCAUGACCGCGUACUGAAGGUGGCCGCAGUGGUAGAGAGCCUGGAGAGAGAGUUGGAGCUGCUGUGCCUCACCGGCGUAGAGGACCAGCUGCAGGCUGACGUGCGGCCCACGCUGGAGAUGCUGCGCAACGCUGGAAUCAAGAUAUGGAUGCUAACAGGUGAUAAACUGGAGACGGCUACUUGCAUUGCCAAAAGUUCACAUUUGGUGUCUAGAACACAAGAUAUUCAUAUUUUUAGACCUGUGACCAGUCGAGGAGAGGCCCAUUUGGAGCUGAAUGCAUUUAGAAGGAAGCACGAUUGUGCACUGGUCAUAUCAGGGGACUCCCUGGAGGUCUGUCUGAAGUACUAUGAGCACGAGCUCGUGGAGCUGGCCUGCCAGUGCCCCGCCGUGGUGUGCUGCCGCUGCUCUCCAACCCAGAAGGCCCACAUGGUGACACUGCUGCGGCAGCACACGGGGAGGCGCACCUGUGCCGUCGGUGAUGGAGGAAAUGAUGUGAGCAUGAUUCAGGCAGCAGAUUGUGGCAUUGGGAUUGAGGGAAAGGAGGGGAAGCAGGCCUCGCUGGCAGCGGACUUUUCCAUCACACAGUUCAGACACGUCGGCAGGCUGCUCAUGGUGCACGGGCGGAACAGCUACAAGAGGUCCGCAGCUCUCGGCCAGUUCGUCAUGCACAGGGGCCUCAUUAUCUCCACGAUGCAGGCCGUGUUCUCUUCAGUCUUCUACUUUGCGUCUGUCCCCCUGUACCAGGGAUUCCUCAUGGUGGGGUAUGCAACUAUCUACACCAUGUUUCCAGUGUUCUCCUUGGUGUUGGACCAAGAUGUAAAGCCAGAAAUGGCGAUUCUUUACCCAGAGCUGUACAAAGACCUCACCAAGGGGAGAUCCUUGUCCUUCAAGACCUUCCUCAUCUGGGUUCUGAUCAGCAUUUACCAAGGAGGUAUUCUCAUGUUCGGGGCCCUGGUGCUCUUCGAGGCUGAGUUUGUGCAUGUGGUGGCCAUCUCCUUCACAGCACUGGUCUUGACUGAGCUGCUCAUGGUGGCUCUGACCAUCAGGACAUGGCACUGGCUGAUGGUUGUGGCCGAGUUCCUCAGUCUGGGCUGCUAUGUGGCCUCCCUCGCCUUUCUAAAUGAAUAUUUUGGUAUAGGCAGAGUAUCUUUUGGAGCUUUCUUAGAUGUUGCCUUCAUCACGACCGUGCCCUUCCUGUGGAAAGUGUCGGCCAUCACUGUGGUCAGCUGCCUUCCACUCUACGUCCUCAAGUACUUGAAGCGCAAGCUCUCUCCUCCCAGCUACUCCAAGCUGAGCUCCUGAGCGGUCGGCAGCUGCCAGAGGCCUCCAGGCACCGUAGACCUCUCAGCUGGCUCCUGUGGGAGGUGGGAGGUAGGGGGCUGGGGCCUGCCCUUUCCUCUUUGAUGUCCACUGAGGCAGCACGGGGCUCCCACUGGAAAGGAGUCUUGUUCCUUCCCUGCUACUGUAAAGGGUCUGCCCUUCUGAGAGCUGGCAGUGGUUUCUGCAGCUCGCCAGCACUCGGGUUCUCCUUUGAUGUGGAAUGUGAAAGCCACUCCCCUGCACAAUAAAGUCUGCACACUGGGGAA